AUGGCUAGAAAAGACCCACCCAUAUGCGAAACAUGCGGAGUGGAAUGCACAGUCGAACAUAUAAUCAUUGAUUGUCUCAAAUAUGCAGACUCAAGAUCCAAAUACUCCAUUCCUUACCAACUUAGUGAAGCUCUACAAUCAGACCUCCAAUCAAAUACCAACAUAGUCAACUUUUUAAAGGAUACCAAACUGUACAAUUUAAUUUAA